AUGUCGGCUACCACUGCGCGCAGAGGGUCCUUCCCUCGCCCCAAGGAUCGCUCACAGAAUGUGCAAGACGAUACCGAAGAGGUCCGUACCCUUCGUUCCAAAUACUCGGUUCAGCUCGAAAUGAUCCGUGAGCUCUUCCCAACUUGGACCGACGAAGAUCUUCUCUUUGCUCUCCAAGAGUCGCUCGGCGAUGUCGAGAACACCGUCGUUCGUAUCACAGAAGGUCAGGUCGAGCAAUUCUCCUCCGUCAAGCCAAAGAAGCAGCCCAAGAAGGAGUCCAGCGCUCAUCACGCCGCCCUAGCUCCUUACCCUUCGUCAACCGCUCCAUCUACUGCACCUCACGCUGCUCGUGGCAACCACGUUGGUGUUCCUGCUGCUCGUGGUCGUGGCGGUGCUUCUGUUCGAGGUGCUCGUGGCGGUCGAGGUGGCUUCCGUGGCCUUGGUGGUCGUGGUGGUGGCAUUGCUCCCCAGACCAACGGGCACCAAGUCAAGACACCCGAGCCUGUCGAGUCGACGACUACAGCUCAGGCUUUCGCUCCUAUCACUACACCUACCUCUGGAACCAGCUGGGCCGCUGCCCUCGGUCGAUCUGCCAACAAGUCCCAACCCGCUCCUCCUGCUGCUGCUGCUGCUGCUGCUACACCUGCUCCAGCACCUGCGCUUCCCAAGGAGCUCACUGACUCGCCAGCUGCUCCUUCGCAAACUUCCACCGAGGCUGCAGAGGCACCUGCUGCCGCCCCCGCUCCAGCUGCUCCUCAAGCUACCGAGUCGGCCACCACCACCGCCGCUCUCACUUCCUCUGCUGAAGACUCAACCCCUGCCGUCAAGGUUCCUACCCCUUCCAAGCCUUCACCAAAGGCUGCUGGUAUGAGCUGGGCUCAAAUUGCUCGCAAGUCCGAGGCUCCCAAGCCUGCUGCUGCUCCUGCUGCUACUGCUGCUGCUACUGCUGCUCCCUCCGAGUCCGCCCCCGUCGCCCCAGCAUCUGAAAUUACUCCCGCCGCUGCUACCGAGUCUGCCACCGAGGCCAAGCCUGAAUCUUCCGUUGAGCAGCCCGUCACCGCUGCUGCUGCCGAGCCCGUCGUCGAGGCUGCCGCUGCUCCUGUUACCAGCACAGAAGCUACCAUCACUCAGGAGCCUGAAGCCGCUGCUGCCACUGAGCCUGCAGCGGUUGACUCUACCCCCGCCGCCGCCGCCGCCGAUGCCACCACUGCUGCUCCCGCCGCUGAUGCCAACGCAUCGGCUGUUGCCCCACCUGGUCUCUCCAAGGCCGCAGAUCCUCGUGCUGGCGCUCAGCGAUCUUUGCAGCGCGCACGACAGGAUGCCCCCGUCGUCAUGGCUGGUGGCUCCUCCCAGCUUGACAAGCUUGGCGUCCAGUUCGGCUCGCUCAACUUCCUUGGCAACGAUGCCGAUGACACUCCCGAGUCUACCAACGACGCUGCACCUACACAGACAGAGGCUGAGGCUGCUCCUGUCGCCGCCGCCGCCGCCGCCGCCGCCGCUUCUCCCUCGGCUCACCGACAGGAUGCUCAGGUUGCCCAGCCUCAGACCGACUCUUUUGCUCAACAGUCCGCUACUUCCCAGUACAACGGCUUCAAGUCGGACUCUUUCGACAACUCGUACGGUUUCACCGGACAGGCCCAACAGCAGGCCGCUCCCCAGCAGCAGGACCAGAUCCACGGCUACAAUGGAUACAACUCGCUUGGCCAGAACCAGGCAGCUGCCCAGCAGCCUCAAUCGCAGGGCCAGCCUCAGCAGGGUCUCCAGGACUACACGUCCAUGUACGGUGGUCUCGACACUCAGCGUCUCGCUCAGUUCUACGGCUCUUACGACCAGGGAUCCAACGCUUUCGGCCAGCGAUCCGACGACAAGGCUCAGCCUCAGGCCUCUCAGCAGGGCCAGCAGUCACAGCAGCAGUCGCUUCCGCAGCAGGGCGGUGACCACCAGAGCCACCAGCCUCACCAGCACCAUGCUCACCAGGCUGGUCCGGGUCUUCACCAGCAGCAGGCUCCUCAGCAGCAGUUCCCUGGCAUCAUGCCCUACUACUACCCCAACUACUACAUGCCUCACCAGUUCCAGCACUACGCACAGCCCACCGCCGGCUACGGUCAAUAUCCCGUCUAUGGUCAGCCCUCUGGUCAGCCCCAGCCCCACUCCAAGCCCGGUACCCCUGCCAACAUCGCUUCGCCCUACAACCAGGCUCCUCAGAGUGACGCCAACGCCUACGGUGCCCAGAACCACUACGGUCAGGCACCCGGCUCCGCUGGUCUCUCUUCGUAUGACCAGGGCUUCGGCCGUGGUGGCGUGCCUGGUCUCGGUGGCAUGUCGGAUUACUCCAAGAUCUACGGGGGUGGUGGAAGCAUCCCCGGUCUCGGUGGCUUCCUUGGAAGCGGUGCUGGUGGUGCUCCUCCGCAGAACGCUGCCUCUGGCAACGCUUCUUCCGGUAACACUGGAACCCCUCACAUGGGUUCGCAGCAAAAGUCCGGUGCUUCGUCCGGAAGCGCUCUCGACAGCUAUCGUCAGUUUGACGCCAACGCCUCCAAGGGAUCGGCCCAGUCGGGCGCCGCCUCUAGCCAGGUGGGCCGUGGUCAGGGUCAGUCUCAGGGUGUGCCGCAACAGCAGGCUCAGCAGCAGCAGCAGCAGCAGCAACAGGCUCAGCAGCAACAGCAGCAGCAGCAGCAGUACUAUCAGCAGUACGGUGCUUACGGCCACCAGGCCAGCAGCAACGCCUACUCCAACUACCCUUACGCUCGUCAGUACUGGGGUCAGUAA